CUUACGAAACGGGGAGGAGCAACUCGUCCACAGGCAUGACAGGGAGAGGAGGAGAGGAGAGGACCAGGAGAGGCGAGCUGUCCUCCGGUGUCGACACUUCAUCCACCUAAAGGCGCGAUUUACCGGCGGACUCUUCGGGAUAUUUAGUGGCGUUGAUCUCCUAAUACCCGGCCGUGAGGAAGACUGCUACUGUCGCCGUUAGCCUGUUAGCUCCUCGCUCCGGCUACAUGGCCAACUAGCACAACAAAGCUAACCGCCGUUAGCUGCUGGACCCGGCGAAGUGAGUGAAGAGCCGAGGAGGGGAAUGGAAAGAGUUCACCAGGAGAGCCCUUUGAGAAGCAACGACGACUAACCAGGCUAAACCAAAUUACUUUUAGUUUCCUGAAUCACAGGUUGUUGGUGUUACUGUAAUCCCCAUCAUGGUGCAGAAGUACCAGUCGCCUGUGCGGGUGUACAAACAUCCCUUUGAGCUGGUCAUGGCGGCUUAUGAACGCCGCUUUCCCACCUGUCACCUUAUCCCCAUGUUUGUGGCGAGUGACGUGGUGGAUGAGGAGACCAGCGAGGACGGAUCCACCAACAGGAUUGAGCGUCGCUGUGCGCUGGAUGUGGAUGCUCCACGCCUUCUCAAAAGGAUUGCAGGUGUGGACUACGUCUACUUCAUCCAGAAAAACACACUGAACCGAAAGGAACGAACGCUGCACAUCGAGUCCCACAAUGAAACCUUUUCCAACAGGGUCAUCAUCCACGAGACCUGUUGCUACUCGGUCCACCCUGAGAACGAGGACUGGACGUGUUUCGAGCAGACCGCCAGCCUGGACAUCAAGUCCUUCUUCGGCUUUGAAAGCACCGUGGAAAAGAUUGCUAUGAAGCAGUACGCCAGCAGUAUCAAAAAGGGAAAAGAAAUCAUAGAGUACUACCUGAAGGAGCUAGAGGACGAAGGCAUCACUCAUGUGCCCCGCUGGACUCCUUCGUCACUCUCCCUGCCUCUGCCUAGACCAACCAGCCUCUCCAGCCCACCUGUCCUCCCCAAACUCGCCAUCACACCUGCCGUUUCCAUCCCGCUAGCCGCUGAAGCUAAAGACGGCACUGCACAGGAUGCUAAGCAAGACAGCAUUGCUCUUCAGGCAGACAGCCUCACUGAGAUCCUGGCUGGUACCCCUGAAGAUAAACUGGAUGCAGAUUAUAUCAAACGUUACCUGGGUGACCUGACCCCCCUGCAGGAGAGCUGCCUGAUCAGACUUCGCAAAUGGCUUCAGGAGACACACAAGGGAAAGAUCCCCAAAGAUGAACACAUCCUGCGUUUCUUGCGAGCCCGGGACUUCAACAUGGACAAGGCACGGGAGAUCUUGUGCCAGUCUCUGACCUGGAGGAAGCAGCACCAGGUGGACUAUCUGCUGGAGACCUGGAGCUCCCCACAGGUCCUGCAGGACUAUUACACCGGUGGCUGGCACCACCAUGACAGAGACGGCCGUCCUUUGUACAUCCUGAGACUGGGCCAGAUGGACACCAAAGGAUUGGUUCGCGCUCUCGGGGAGGAGUCUCUGCUCAGACAUGUGUUAUCAAUCAAUGAAGAGGGUCUGAGACGCUGUGAAGAGAACACCAAGGUGUUUGGCCGACCCAUCAGCUGUUGGACAUGUCUAGUAGAUCUGGAAGGGCUGAACAUGCGUCAUCUGUGGCGACCGGGAGUCAAGGCGCUGCUGAGGAUCAUUGAGGUCGUGGAGGCAAACUACCCUGAGACUCUGGGACGACUGCUCAUUCUGAGAGCACCAAGAGUCUUCCCGGUUCUUUGGACGCUGGUGAGUCCAUUCAUAGAUGAAAACACCCGCAAGAAGUUCCUGAUCUAUGCAGGCAACGACUACCAGGGUCCUGGAGGUCUUGUGGAUUACAUCGACAAAGAGAUCAUCCCUGACUUCCUGGGAGGAGAGUGCAUGUGUGAGGUACCAGAGGGCGGCCUGGUUCCCAAGUCGAUGUACCGCACAGCCGAGGAGCUGGAGAACGAGGACGUCCGCCUGUGGACCGAGACCAUCUACCAGAGCGCCAGCAUCUUCAAGGGAGCUCCACAUGAGCUGCUGAUUGAGAUCAUCGAUGCCUCCUCAGUCAUCACGUGGGACUUCGACGUUUGCAAAGGUGAUGUCGUUUUCAACAUCUACCACUCAAAGCGAGCCCCUCAGGCGCCACGUAAAGACCCGCUGGGAGCCCACGGCAUCACAUCCCCGGGAGGCAACAACGUGCAGCUCAUUGACAAAUCCUGGACACUGGGUCAAGAUUACAGCAUGGUGGAGUCCCCACUCACCUGCAAGGAGGGAGAGAGUGUACAGGGCUCUCAUAUAACGCGAUGGCCAGGUUUCUACAUCCUCCAGUGGAAGUUCCACAACAUGCCAGCCUGCUCGGCCACCAACCUGCCCCGGGUUGACGACGUUCUGGCCACCCUGCAGGUCUCCUCGCACAAGUGUAAAGUCAUGUACUACACCGAGGUGCUGGGCUCCGAGGACUUCAGAACGGCUUGCUGUGAUGUGCAGAGUUUGGGUUCGAUGACCAGCCUGGAGUCGAGCCACAGCGGCUUCUCUCAGCUGAGCGCCGCCACCACCUCCUCCAACCAAUCCCAGUCCAGCUCCAUGAUCUCCAGGUAGGAUCCGGCGGCGGAGGACUUCGAACUCCAACAACCCCGAUCCCUCCACCGCCCAAACUAUCAACAACAAAGCCACCUCUUUCCCUGCCCCCCUUCGUCAUCGUCUUUGGACUCUGUUCCUAUUGCACAGCCAGUCUCUAUGGAACUGAUGCAUGCUUGCACAAACAGAAGACAAAGAAUUUUAAAAAAAAAAAUUCUGAGGCAAAAAGAUGAAACAAACUGAAACUAUGUGUACAAUUUAAAGGGCUGAUUUUUGCACAAAGGUCGAAUAUUUUUUGUGCCUGGCAUCUCUGCUGGGCGGCAGUUUGAAUCAGACCAUUUUGCAGAAUGUUUGCGUCUCGAGCAGAGUGGGAAGGUCAAGUGAAGCAAUAUUCUCAUCCAGGGAGCUACGGGGACACUGGAUACAGACACUGGAGACUCUGUUACGUAUAUGCAUUUACAUUUACACCUACAUAUACAGUACCGAGACGACGCAGACCUCAUUCACAUGCGUUGAUGGAUAAGACUGGAUUUGCUGUUACACACAUGGAUGACAAAAAUUGACAGUGUUUGCCAUAUUAUUACUGGGAGGAGUUUGUUUCUGAUGAGCUGUUUAUAGGUCAAAUAUGGGCGUGCGGGCGGGGUCAACAUCUUAACUAGAUCUGGGUCAAAUAUCACCUGCAAUUGGUUUGUUUUUCAAUCUGCGUGGAGCUCGCUGAAUCGCAACGGUGCAGAUAAUGUCACCUGUGCUUAGCUGACAUUGGUUGCGUUGUCUUAUGUGGCGAGCUCCACCCGUCUGUCGUGGGAGGGCUUUUAUCACACCUUUGAAAGCGUUGGAAUAUUUGACCCAGGUCUGACUCUUAGCGAAGUAAUCCGCUAGAAGCAAUAACACGAGUUUGACUUUCUACUGUGUGCGAUAUUUCUAUUUAUCUCGCUGAUUGCUAGAUGAGGUUUUUGUUGUGUACAAGCGGACAGAUGGGCAAACUGAGCCGGUGAACGGUGAACUUCUGUGGUGCCAACGUCAUCAAUUUUCAUCUUCUGUAACAGGAAAGAAGCAAAAAUAUUUUAUCAUCAUACAAGGGAUGUCCUGAUCAAGUUUGCUGAGUCCCAAUCCGAUACGUUCUUGUAGAUAAUACAUACUUUACAUAUGUUGAAGUUCAAUCCAGUGUGUGUGCUUGACACCUGAACAGCUCUGCAGUGCUUUAGUGCUGAGGCCUGUAGGGAUGUUAGCAGUUAAUCGAUUAGUUAAAAAUUCAACCGAUUUAAAAAUACGUUGACCAGUUCGACAGAAGACACCAGAUGGAGACACUUCCUGUUAAAUACUGUAGCCACCAGAGGAGGUGGACAGUUUUGUUAGUAAGCAGAGAGCAUUGUGGGAGUUUAGCUAGUAAAGGGGCACCAUGACAAAGACGUAGGUGGCACUUAAUGACCUCAGACCAGAGUUUGUGUACGUGUGGCAACUGGCAUAGACUUUGACGGCAAGUCUAACUAAAGACAAAUGUCCACAAAACUUAAUUCCUACCAUUGAUUAUUGGUUGAUGAUUCCGCUGAUAUUUAAGUAAGAAAUUAUUUAAAAUUCUUAGCAUCCCGUGACUGAUUUUGCUUUCUGUUUACGACACCUGUACAACAAAGAAUUAAGGCUGAGAUAUGUGCUCAAUAACGCCGAUACUGAUCAGUCUAAAGAGAUCGGAUCAGGACAUCCCUACAUUAUCCAUCAAAAACUUCAGUAAACUUCAGCUGGUUUGCUUUCUGUCCAGCGUCUGCACAAUUAAGGAACUCGAGCCCAAAUCCAGUCGUCAAGCAGAUGCCUUGUCGCUGAUUGGUGAAUGUGCUACUGAUUGGCUUGCGAACCAAUAAAAAACGCCUGAGGGUUGCGAUGUAACUGGGCGGAGUGACGUAGAUUUCAGCGUGCAUUCGGGAGUGAAUGUUUCUCUGUGAUUAUCAUUGAUACUGUACACGUGCUAGCGUUGGUUUAACUGUUUCAGAGCGUCUGUUCGCUGACACGGUGGUUGGGUUUACGGAUCUAUUAUUUAAGAAUUAAGAUAUAGCCAUUUUUCAGAGCCAUGUGUCAAUAAAAAUACCAUUUUAGCCUUGGUAAGCAUCACUUAGAUCACCGCCAUAGUGGAUUGUGUAUCGAAUGAACAUUUCUAAAUGCAACCCAUCCAUGAUGCAACGUUUGUUUCUGUUGUUUUUGUGUGGUUAAAUCGGCAUCUGCGAUGACUUUCUCAUUGAUCCCCGUUUGAUCACAAUUGCCAAGAGUCAUCGGGUUGCUGUUGCCAUGGUUACCAAGUGCAGCUGAGAGCAAAAAAUAAAUAAAAUCAUAAAUAAGGCAGCGAGUCCUUGUAUGGAAAUCUGCCUGUUUAGUUUUUUCAUAGCGCUUGUGUCUUUUUAAACCGGUGGCAGCGAUAUGUCGUCAACUGCAAUAACAUGACAUGAUGCUUGUCUGGGAAAAUGGACCUCCUCAUCUGAGAAUGAGGGCUACAAGAGAGUGUGUGUGUGUGUGUGUGAGGGUGUAUAAUAAUGAAUGUUAGGCGGGGAGUUAAAAAAUAUGAAAUAAGAAAAUAAGAUAUGCCUGUAAAAUGUGUAAACGCUCACGGGAGUCGAAAACAACCCGACUAACUUCACCUGUGAGGCUGGGGUUUUCUCAAGCGGUUUGACUGAUGAAGCAGCGUCAGUUCAAAAUUAACUCCUUCUGUUUCUCUUCUCUUUGUCACCUGUACACUCCUUUUUCAUUGUGUUUAUCUCAGAAAGCAGAGUGGACUGAAAGGAGAGCUCACAUGUUACUGUUUUAUUUCCAUUUGAACUCGGUGUUAGAAAGACUUCCGCUGUCUCCUGCAGCGUUUCUCAUCAGGAUCUCAUCGACGAAUGAGGGCUAUAACUGUUUCGUCCGUCUCUCCUUCUUUUUCUGACAUCGUUUGCAUAUCUUCUCUUUACCUAGAUGUGAGGAACUGUGUAAAAACAAAACAAGUACAUGUUUGGAUUAAAGAGAAUAUGGCGCCUUUACAUUUUUCUGAAAACAUUAAACUUGAAUUAUGAGAAA